AUGUGCGGAAUACAAUUCCUCUCAAUACCUUUACUUCCUAUAGCAUUGAUUAUUGCAGCAACAGCAUUAACGGGUCUUGGCUUUUAUCAAUACUUCACUUCUAAUGUUCACAAAUAUCCACCAGAAAUCAGAAACAACCUAAAGAAAGGUUUGUAUUACCAGAACUACCAGAAUGAUCCAAACAAAGCAGUCAACUACUACCAGACUGCUUUGAAUCAGGCAUAUAAUGAUGAAAGUUUGGAUAAUUCGUCGCCGGAAGUUACUGGAAUUAUGAUUCUGUUGGCUGGAUUAUAUGAAGAAAUUGGAAGAAUGCGUGAUGCAGUUGAUGUUUACACGAUGGCUUAUGAUUCAAUAGCGACGACGACUAUGAUGGAUACCGAUAGCAAUAAUAAUAACAAUAUUGGUGGAAAUGAGAAAUUAAAGGAUGAUGAUAGAAUUAGAUUGAUUGCUUUAGCACAAAAACUCGGUGAUUUACACGAAACGUUGAAACAAGAUGAUAAAGCUGAACAUUAUUAUGUAUGGUCUGUUGAACAAUUACUACAAGCAGCCAAUCAAUUUGAUCAUAACUUAAAUAAUGGUGGCGGUAGUAAUGGCGAGGGUGUUGGGAGUGGGAGUAUUGGAAUGAAUAAUAGUAAUGUCAAUGGUAGCAAUAACACUGCUACUUCAUCUAAUGUUGGUAGUGGGGGUUUAUUUAAAAAAAAACUUGAUGUAGAUCCAUUGCCAUCAUGGAUGACAUCUACAGAUUUAGGUGCAUCACUUGAAGCAUUGGCUUCAUUUUAUUCUUCAAGACGUAACUAUUCAUAUGCACUCCCACUUUAUCUUCGAUCAUUAUCGUUGAUACACCCACCGGAAUCGUCGUGUCAUUCAGCUGUUUUAAUGAAUAACAUAUCCAAGGUGUUUACAGGCAUGGGUGAACUGAAGGAGGCACAAGGAUGGGCUGAACGAGGAUUAAAAUUGACAGAAAAUUUCCAACAAAAUAAAAAAGGGACAAGGGAAUUUGUCAGGUGA